AUGCUUCGAGGCCGCUUGUUCUUUUCUGUGUCGCUCGACGAGCUAUUCUUUCCCGUGGAUGCUCAACCUGGCGGCCAAAUUGAAAGGAUCUCCUUAGAUCCGAUCAGUCCCAUUCUCCUCAUACUCUUUGCGCAGGGGAUUGAAACCGAGAAGGGAUCGGCACCUGCGAAUCAAGCUUCACCUCAUGCAACUGGCCGGCUUUGGUAUACCGCUACUCGGUCUCGCGUGCGGGGGAACGCUGGGGAGCUCGGGUGUUUGUACGCGCGGGACAGGCCGAGGAGGGGUCGAGAAACUCUCAACGCGGCAUGCGGCUCGACGGAAAAAGAGACGUAUGAAACUCAGUUCCUAGAGAAUCGAGAACUGUCUACGACCACUUUUACUCACCAGGAGGCCUUCAGGUUGCCUCGUAGGAACUGUAUUCAAGAUUUCGAAGGUCGCCCGCGUAACAUGAUGGCAGAAGUAACGAAAUCCACGGACAUCAAAGGCCUACACAAAAAUGGCUCACUCAACGAUGAAGAAACCGGCGGAUCGCACUCAGAGGCACCCCUCGAGGUCCACGCAGACGAAGACAUCGUAGCGCGGAUGAACAACCUUGAUCCGCCUGUGACGCCAGAGGAGGAGAGACGCGUACGGAGAAAGAUUGAUAUGCGACUGCCCCCCUUCCUGCUCAUUCUCUACAUGUUCACCUGGCUGGACCGUGGGGCGCUGGGGAACGCGGCGCUGAUGGGGAUCAAGGAAGAUCUUGGGUUCACGAGCAGAGACUUCUCUCUCGCCGUGAGCAUGUUCUUUGUCGGCACGGCGAUUUCUGACCUGUUUACGAAUAUUGGGAUGAGGUAUAUCCGGCCUUCGGUGUACCUCGCUACGGCUAUGAUCAUCUGGGGCAUCUUUGCGACGCUGCAAGCUGUUGCCGGCGGUCCCAGCGGGAUGUUCGCGAUCCGGUUCUUCCUUGGCAUCUUUGAAGCGGCCUUCAUCUCCGGGGCACCCGUUUACCUCUCAGCAACCCCCCUCGCAGGCGCCUUCGGCGGCUGGGUAGCCUACGGCGUCUCCAACAUCUCCAACCCGCUCAUAAAGCACUGGCAAGCCCUCUUCGUCAUCGAGGGGCUCGUCACCAUCCUCUUCGGCAUAGCCUGCAUCUGGGUCCUGCCCGACCGCCCACACAACACGCGCUGGCUCACCCCGCGCGAGCGCGACGUCGCUACCUGGCGGAUGAUGCGUGACGGUAACCGCACGCACGGCAAAGUCCACUGGCGCACGACGGCGGCGCAACUGACGGGGGACUGGCGGCUGUGGCUGAACAUUGCGAUUUAUAUGGGCCAGGUGCUGCAGACGUACACGAUUGCGACGUUUACGCCGAUUAUUGUGGCAACGUUUGGGUAUGAUAAUGUCAAGGCGCAGUUGAUGACGGCGCCGCCGUAUUGUGUUGCGUUUGUCAUGGUGUUUGUUGUCGGGUGGGCGAGUGAUCGGGUGAAGUCGUGUUCGGGGUUGUUGGUGGGGUGUUCUGUUGUUGCUGCUAUUGGAGAUUUGUUGCUUGCCGUGUUGCCGCAUACGGCUGCGAGCGCGAGGUAUGGCGCGACGUUUUUGAUCUUGUCUGGAAUUUUGUCAGGUGUUACGUUGAGCGUUGGCAACAUCACGAGUAAUUGCUGCGGUGAUAUCAAGAAGGGGAUCGCGACGAGGUUGUUUCAGUCUUUUGGGAGUACGAUGGGCAUAGCAACGGGAUAUCUCUUCCCUUCGACGGAUGGGCCGAGCUAUAAGAAAGGGUUCUGGACGUUGUUUGCGGCUACGUGUUGGACUGGUGUUGGGGCCGCGUUUGUGACGGCGAUGAAUAUCCGGGAAAAUAGGAGGCGAGAUCGGGAGUUUGGGAAACCGCCUCGAGAUGUAGUGAUUGACUAUGACGAGGAUGGCCAGAUGGAGAACCAUCCAUAUUGGAGGUUCAAGGCGCUCAUCAAACGUUGGGUCCUUCUAGCGGCAGCUGUUCACUUAACUCCAGUGGUGUUCCAGCCGCCCGUGACAGCCGUUGGCGGUGCAGUCUCUCUAUAUCGGUGCCAAAGAGACGAAGGAACGUCAAGUCGGCCCUGGGAUGAGGAUGGGCUGGCCUUCACGGCGUCGGAGAUGGCGUUCCUGCAAGCCGCCGCGGAGCAAACCGGACUGCAAGUAACGGACGAUUGGCUGCAGCCGGGCAUCCAGCGAACUCGUGUCUUGGCGAUGAUGGUACUUUUACAGGUGCGCAACAUCAAGACCUUGGAGCUACCCAUCCAUAUCAAAGGAUUCUUAAGAUGUCUCCCCACUGGCGUCGGAUUUCCAGCACGCUACGAUGCGCUUACGGACAUUCGGCUCGGCAAGAACACACUUGGAACGUUUGAUGCUACGGGUGAAGAUGACCCGUACUUCGGCAGCAGCGACGCGAGACGUCUGCUAGAAUCAGCACCGCGGCGCGAGACAGUCCAUCUUGAUUUCUUCGCAGGCAACUAUCGAGAUUGGUCCGCCAUGGAUUGGUCCAGCGUCAGGAACCUGCACUUGCGGCAACUAGAGAGCGAUGACGUCCAUGUGACGGAUUUGUCGACGUUUUGCUGGCUGUAUGUUCCCGCGGACCACUCACUUCAAAGAGACGGACAACACGAUCACUCAGAGUGGCUCAACAGCUUUGGCGGGUUGGAUGGCCCACUCUGUGAGAGAGUGUUUGAAGAUGGAAACCUCCCAAACCUCGAAGGGUUGGUCAUUCCGGCCUUCGAAUGUCCACACAGUCAGCAGUGUCUGUCUGCGCUGAAAAACGAGCUCAAUAAAGGCUUCGUGCAGGAGUUCUCAACCUCUUCAUCUUUGGAAACAGAUGUUGCCAUCGUGGUCUGGCUGCCCUGUAGCGCGGAAUUCGACGACCUCCGUUGCAAAGUAGAGAUGCAGCUGGCCCACUCACCUAGCCUGAGUACUUCUGAGCUGCAGAGGACUAAUGAUAGCACAGGGGACAUUGCCUCCUGGAACAUGACGAUAGGGUUGGGUGGUGGUUUUCGAAGGAGUCAGGCCAGCGUUGUUGAGUACAACUCUUGGGAACUGAGGAGGCUACGGAUGACGCAUAAUGUCGGAGGCGUCAUAUUUGAUUGA